GAAAUUCAAAAUGGCGGACACAUGGCUGAUAAUUUUGCUCUGCUAUUUGGCUUUCAUCGUCAUUUUUAUGGCCAUCCCAGCGUCUUUGGGAUUUUCUUUUGGAAUUAGAAAUUUAUAUUUAGGCACUCUGCUCAAAAUUUUUGAGGUAUGCCCUACUGGUGCUGUAGUAAAUGGCUUGUUAUGUUGUCGGUAUCUCAGACAGCGCAGAUAUGAAAGAGUUGUAAGGACCUGUUAAAUUUUAUUCAAAGAAUACUCACAAGCUUCCUUUCUUCUCGAAAUCGAAGGAUUUUUAAAUAGAGGCUAUGUUAAUCUGCACGUUUCUAUUGUUGGAGCGGACAUCAAUCGCAGUAUUUUAAUUUUUUUUUUGUAUCUUCGUUCCUUUUAGCUGCUUCGAAAGCGCUGCUCGUUUGUUAACGUGUGAAAACAAAACAGCAGUUUUCAUUGAUGAUUCUUUUUUUUCGUUUUAUAGAUUGGUAGGAGAACUAUUCAGUCAAAGCAUGGAAUAAAAUCAAAUGGUAAAGUAUAUGUAGCUGCCAGCAGACACAUAUCUCUUUUGCACCACAUGCCCCGUAUAGUGAGGCUGUAAAAGAACCAGACAUCACCUCUUUGGUAUAUGACGUUCUUGCAACAGAUUGAAAAUUGACCAGAUUGAAAACAAAUCAAAAAUACUCAAAUCUAUAGAUAUGUUAUUCAGUAAAUGGUUUGAACCUGGAGGUAACAUGUAAUAGUGUAGUUUGAUCGUCCAUGUGAGUGUAGUCCUGAGAAGGACUGUUGUCAGUAGUGGUGACUGAUGUUUUGACAACCUGAGCAGAAGUCAUCAUCAGAGUCAAGUGAAAGGUUGUUGUCAGUCGAAUGUACUUAGUCCGGUUUGUGUACACUGAUUGGUUAGUUUUGCAGAGAUGUUAUUGGCUGUAAGACUUAAGUGGCGUAGGUCAGUCGUGUUUGGUCGAAACAUCAGUCAUCACUAUGGACAACAGUCCUUCUCAGGACUACACUCACCUGGACGAUCAAAAUUACCUAUACGAUAAUUAUGUUGUUCCUUAAGCCUUGAAUAAUCACAUGAAGAGGUACAGAGAGGAAAAUAUGUAUCAGUUUUAAUAUUACUCUGGUCAAGUUUAAAUUUUAUUUGCAUUCAUUGUUAUCCUCCCUUUACACCCAAACAUUUAUAACAUAUUCUCUAUACUGUACUAUAUACAAAUCCAUGGUGUUGACAAGGAGAAUUUGUUUGAUGAUCAAGAGCUUCUUUGGUUGGCAUUUACUUUCUUUAUUCUCAUAACCUUAAUUUGUGAUUCAGGAGUGUUAUUGUAAGGAGAAAUUAGAUGCUGGUCACUCUUUGGGAUCAAGGGAUUGAAAGCCCAUUGGUGUUGAGGGCUUUCACAAGGUUUUUCACCCUUUCAGUCAGCUGCAUUCAUGACACUUCAACUGCAUUGAGUGUGUACAAUAUUUAUGUUAUGUCUGGUGCUUCUAAAUAUUCCAAUGCAUUAACCCUUUAACCUUUAGCUCCCAAGAUCUCAUGAGUAAUUCUCCUUACUGUCUACAAUAUAGUUCUUGUGAUGUUAGUUUGGAGAACUUCUUUAUUCUCAUCACUUGUCUGCUUGCCAUUGUAUUUAUAUUGUAAGGAGAAAUUCUGUCUUGGUCACUCAUGGGAGUUAAAGGGUUAACUCUUGAGAGUGACUAGCAUCUAAUUCAUUCAUACAAUAUCACCCCCAGAUCACACAUAAAGGUCACCAAAAAAAAGGGAAUGAUCACCAACAAUGAAAACUCUUGAUUGUUAAACAAAUUCUCCUUGUUAGCAACAUAGGAAAUGUAUUGAGAACUGUAUAGAGAAUAUGGAUACUGAUGUUAGGGUGUAAAGGCUUAACUAACCAUCAGGUUGCACAGGAACAUGUACAGUACAUUCCUAAUGCUUUGCUUCCUCAUUGUUGUUGUCUUAGUUAUUGAAAAAACACCAGCAAAACCCACAAAAGCUAACUUACCCAGAAACCGUUCGUUUGGCACCUUUCAAAGAGAAUUCCAUAUGGGUGAUGCAAUAGAGUUUUGUGUUAAUGGAGUUGAGGUGGGUAGAGAAGUUUAUUUUAUAUGCACUCUUUGAUUAUUUAUUUGUGCAUCAUAUUUAUUGUGGGGAUGAGGGAUGUUUUACAAAUGUUCUAAUUUAUAGCAGAACCAAAUUUUGAUUACUUGCCAUAUUGUCUUUUUACUCAGCCUUUAAACUCUUUACAGUGGCUAAUUUACGUUUUCAGUUCAGUUAACACUAAAUUACCUGUUAUACUCUCCCACUGAUGCAGCACCACAGUUUCUUUAGAAACUUGCCCCCUUUAUUCAUUUGAUACUCAGUGACUUGCACUUUGAAAAUAUUAGGGAUCGAUUUACAAGGCCUUUUGUCUCAAUCAAUAGCUUCAUGUAAUCACUGACAAGAGAAAAAAAAAAGGUUAUUUUAUUUGCAGGAUAGUUUUUUUUGCUCUCUGCUCCCUGUCAUACUAAUUGUACUUUAGAAAUAUAGGAGCCAUUUUCCUACUGAAAGGAAAGGUUUAUAAAACAUAUAACCAUUCUGUUCAGAUUUCACUGGCUUCCUGUACUUGGUGUGUUAAAGUUUCUGUGUGAGACAUUCCUCUCAAUCUUACCUGCUAGAUGAUUAAAAUCAAAUCUGAAAGUGAAAUUUUUGUUGUGUUUGAUGCAGGCCAUUAUAGAUGAUGAAGUAACGAAGCGAUUUUCUGCAGAAGGUCUGUAUCAAAAUUGAUCUGGAAGUGCUGAAGCACGUAGAAAUGGAAGACUGACAACUCAGCUAAAUUACUGAAAUAAAAAAAAAAGAAUUAUGCUAUGAAUUUAGUUGAUUUAUAAGAAGAUUUCAAAGGAGAUGGCUGUUUUGUACUGAGGGAAAAUCUUAGUGGAGAUUUCCUUUUAGGGUUCAUACAAAGUUGUUUCAUUUUGUUUCCCUGUUGACAAUAAAAAAAUGUGUUGUAUUUGCUAAAGUGACUCAUAGAGUUCAUGGGGAGAAGUCUAGCAUACUAAUGAAGAAUACUUUAAAGUUAGUGAGAUGUUUUAAAACUUAAUGUUGAGUCUAACAUGAACCCUUUCACUCCCAAGAUCUGAUUUUUAUUUCUCUCCUCUAACUGGCUUACAAUUCCUUGUUAAUAAGUUAUGAGAAGUUGGUGUUAGAUCAAGAUAACAACUUCUUCCUGAUAAGUUUGAGUAUUCUCAUUACCUGACGGCUGGACAGUGUAUGGAUAUUAUAGGGAGAAGUUACAAGUUAAUCACUUCUAGGGAGUUAAAGUGUUAAGGUUCUUCUUUGUUGAACAGUUCUUACUCUCCUUCCUUUUUAUUACAGAGUUGGAAUCUUGGAAUCUCCUCACCAGGACAAAUGAGAAUUAUCACUAUAUUAGGUAAGAUGCUGUUGUUUUUUUUUUAAAUCAGUCAUUAUAUAAUGUCCCAAAUUCAUACCUUUCCCAAGGAACAAAGGACACAGUUUCAAGACCAAGGGCAAAGUAUUUUCCCAUGUGGAUCGACCUAGAUUAGUUGAUACAUUUUUUAUUUUUUCUGCUGUUUUACCUUUUUCCAUGUUACUACAUGGAAAAAAUUCCAUAUACCAUGAAAAAAAUACCAUGGUCAGUGUUGUUAAUAUUGACAGUUAUGAGCCAUGAUUAGCCAUUCAGAUUUGGGGUUCUAAGAUUCUGGCCCACUAUAAUACUUCAGAAGAAAAUAAAUGUGUCUACAUGCAAAUGAAAUGUUGAAGAAGUUCACUUCACUUUGAUACCUUUGUUAAUUUAUCUUUUCUAAAUCUUUCAAUGUUGUAGAUCCUGGCAAUAUUCAGGACAAUCCUCUCAUAUUAAUGUAAUAAAUGGCUUAGUAUCUGGUGUGUGUCAGUUUCUCUUUAAAGAGUAGUAGGGAUGGCGCAGUGGUGAGAGGGCUCAUAUUCCACUGCUCUGGCCCAGGUUCCAUUUUUAAAGCUUGCAUAGCAUGUGGGUUGAGUUUGUUGUUGGUUCAUCCUUGUUCCUUCCUCCAGUUUUCCUCCCUCCCCAAAAACCAAUAUUCCAAAUUCCAAAUGGACCCGGAAACAGUGGAUAAGAUGAGCCACCUAGUGGAAUAUCCAUUGCUAAAUUCCCAUUUUCCAUCACCAUAGAGUUCCUUCCAGCUUGGUUUGGAAGGAGGGGGGUGGAAUUAGGUUUGAGGUGUUAAUAUUGUUAGGGUAUUGGUUAUCUGCCCCUUGAUAUAUUUAAAGUAAUAACAUGGAACAAGGUAAAAACCAAUCAGGGAAAAAUGCAUGGCAACUAUGAUUGAUAUUCAUUUUCACUUUGGUGUGAAGUGUAUGGUACUGUUUAGGAGGAUUAAGUAGAUAAUGAUCAUGAUCAUGUUAACUCUGUUCCUUUUCCAGUGUCAAGUUAACCAUCAUGUGGGUGCUGGGCUGUUUUGUGAGAUAUGUUAUCUUAUUUCCCAUGCGGUAAGUUAAAACAUGGAACUGAUGGCUUCUCCUUCAUUGUCUUUUUUUGCUGGUAAAAAGUUGUUCCAAAGCAAUGAGACAUUUUAAGGCAACAAGGCAGUGUAAAUCCUAUCAGCAUGUAGCAUGUUUCUCACAUGAAGAAGUCAAAUACAAUGUAGCUGAGCUACAGAGAGCCUGAACUUGUGUUCAUUUGAUGCCUGUUUGGAACACUCAAAUUGCUCUUUUUUAAGAUGAUUCAUUCAUCAUUAACUGAGAACUAAGUUAACAAAAUUAGAUUACAUCCAUCAGCAUUUAAAGUAAAUUAUCACCCUAUCUGAAGAGGAAACUCCUGUUGUAGAGAAGGGAGUCCUGUUCCUAUGGACAAGAGUGACGACUUGAAAACUGCAUGUCCUGUGAUUUGGUCAAAAAAACCUUGAGUACACCAUUCCACUAUUUUGAUUCAUUCUUAGGCAAUGUAAUAUAUUCACAUUCAAUUAACUUCCACCUUAUAUGGAGCAUAAUUUGAAGGAUUUAGCUAUGAAUUUGUAUCAGUAGCAUGAUGUAAGAUAAUAAAAUCCCUGUUGUAUUUGUAGAUUCACGUUAUUUCUCCUUGGCAUGGCUUUGCUGAUUUCAUCAAGAAUCUUUAUUGUUCAGCUCCCAAAAUCCAGGUAAUUUGCUAAGUUCCCUAAUUAAUGGGUUUUUCUUAUAACUGCAUAUGAAAAUCAUACAUUUACUAUACCUGCAACAUCACCUAAUGCAGCUUAGAAUCAUUAACUGUCAAUUUAACCCCCUCCCCAACCCCGUACUUUUGACCACACUACUCACAGGAGAUGCUGUAAGUCAAGCUGCCGACUAGGACCCCCCCCACCUUAGGGGUUUAUGUUGAUAGUAUUGGAAACUGUGAAAUUUCAGCCUUUCCAACAAAAUGUGCGUGCAAAAUACCAGGUUAAAAAUAGCUAUAAUCUGUUUAAAUUUUCCCUCCAACUGAUUACUUCCCUUUCAUUUAAACAAAGAAGUUUAAGCUUUAAAGAUUUAAUUGAGAUAUCAGAACAAUUUGUUCCAACUGUGGAGGUUUUUGUUGACUUGUAUCUUGCAGUAAAAGAUCAAACUCUUACUUAACACUGUCCUUUACUAAUUGUCAAUUUUUUUUUUCGUUAGUUUCAGAAACUGGCUGGACACGAAAUGCAUGCUGGUUGCAUUUAGAAUUUUUGCAAGGUCUGUUUCGGCUGUGAUCACAUUUCACAACAAGUAAGAUUUUUGAAUUUUUUUUAUGUUUUAAUUCUGUUGAAUUAGUUUUAGCAUGAUAUCAUGAAUUUUCAAUGCCAAGGUCUGAGUUAUCUGCCAAAGUGGAAGGCGAGGCAAAAUUAAUAUCAUAGACACAAGGUUUGAUAAUUCAUGGUAUUGUGUGGAACCUGCCUUCAAUAAUUUUUGUAUUAUAAAUUCUUAAACAAUCUGCAAAUGGAGACUCCUCUCUCUGAGUUUGCAAAAUUAAACUAGGAAACUAGGCAGACUUUGAACUGUUCAAGAUAACUGCAAUAUCCACUGCUGGUAUUGGGUUAUCAUGUCAACUUCACACACUAUUGUAUAUUGACUAUAUGCUCUCGGCCAAUCAGAGUUUUCUUAGUAAGUAUAAUGUUUAAUGAUAUUCUUAGAUUACACACAUGCAGAUAAACUUCAGCAGUGGUGACAUCAAUCCAAAGUGUUUGUGCAAACGUUUUGGCUUUUCACUUUCAGAGAGAACAUCGCCCAUGGAGGUGGAAUAUGUGUGGCAAACCACACCACUCCCCUCGAUGUGCUUAUAUUAAUGUGUGACCGGUGCUACUCUCUGGUAAGAUAAAUGGUCAAAUACUUAACUGAGAAUUUGUCAAUGUCUGAUGAAAUGCAGAUUCAGGAGGGUUGGCGCUUAUAAGCACUGAAACUGAAAAAUAUUUUAAGUUUAGGUAAAUUUUUAGACACGGCCUCUAUGAAAAGUAGUUUUUCAUUUUUUAAAUAUUUUUAUUUAUUUUAUUUUAGUUAGGUAGAUAGUGUGGUAUCUUAAAAUACCGUGUACAAAUAAAGUUAUCGUAUUUUAUCGUAUCAAAAGAAUGAAGCAAUCGUGGUUCUAAUGCGAGCAUUGUAGCAAAGCAAAAUGUUGAGUAGAACCUCAAUGCUUAUCCCUCUCUUCUAUACUUUCGGUUUAGUUAAUGUACAGGCCAGAACUGUGAGGGCCUUUCCUGCCAAAGGUUGUUUUCGUUGCUUAAAGUGAUUACAGAUGUAGGUGUAAAUUUUCUUUCCAUCAAAAUAAUUCUUCUCCACCCCUCCCCCCUCCUUAAUUGCCCUACACUCAGAUGGGACGUUUGUCCAUCACCCAUUUCUACUUUUGGGUAAAGAGACUCGAGAGCCACUGUGAAAGGACAACUCCUGCCUUAUUAAAAAAGGACUUGAUCAUUCAUCUGUAAACUUGUUUGCACACGCAGGUUGGUCAGAGACAGCCUGGGUUGUUUGGUUUCUUCGAGAGAACUCUUGCUAAAACUCAAGAUCACAUUUGGUUUGAAAGAACAGAAAUGAAGGACAGAUUGAUUGUAACAAAAAGGUAUUGUUUAUGUACGCGUAGAAAGAUAGUUUUCCGUGAUAGCAUUACUUAAACCUAUCCAGUAUUUCUACAUGAUAUAUUUUUUAUUUUAAAUGACACAAGUUACGUUUGAACCCCGUCAACAAGGUCCUUAUUGUGCUAAGAAAAGGUCGAAUUAAGUAAUUGGAGUGAUGCUAGGAUACUACGCCUGUGCGAUUUAAAUUUCAACCAAGCUGUUCCAGGCAUUUCAGUUUUUAAAACAAAGCAUAAUGCUAAAUAGUUAACGGCGCGAUAGAAGCGGCGGAGCGAAUGCGAGAAAACCGAUCCAAAUCUUCCUCGUUUUUUACUCCUCUGCUGCUAUUGCGUUGUUUACUAUCGCGCUUCGUUUUGCCAACUGAACGCCAGGAAUAGGCUGAAAUUCUGUUAAAGAAAACAUAGUUUACGUGAUUAGUCAAGGAAUUUCAAUUUCUCUCAAAUGCGUACGAUUCAAGAGAUUUUAGUCGCUGAAAAACCUCGUAGAAUACGGGCAGUGCUCUAAUUAGAGCGAUAUAAUUGUGAUUGCAGAAAGAAAUAUUGGCGCGAAAAUGUUCAGUGCAGUUAUUCACUAACUGCGAAUGGUACUUUAUCCCCAGAUUGAGAGAACAUGUUCAAGAUGCAACUAAAAACCCAAUGUUGAUAUUUCCUGAAGGUGAGCAGAUUCCUCUGUUGGUUCACAUCUGUCAUCCUUUGAAAUUUAUUCCUUCACCGUCAUGGUUUUCUUAAAAAGUCCCACAUAUACUUUUUACUUUUUAUGUGUCAGUUGUGUUGGGAAUUGUGGUCGUUUCGCCUGCGAGUCGACCAGCUCACGAAAGUCUCAUAGGUCGUUUCGCCAAAGUAUUAGGUCAUUUCACUAAAGUUUCUUUUAGUUUAGUUUUCUUCGAAGUAUUUAACUGCCCUAAUACGUUGGCGAAACGACCUGAAACGUCAGCGAACUGGUUGUUAGCGAAACGACCGGUUACCGUGUUGAGAGAUAGGGAGGGAGUUAGGAGGCAUCGAUUACCGUUCGGCAUCGAUUACCAUUCAGCAUCAAUUACCGUUUGGCAUGGAUUAUCGUUCGGCGUCGAUUACCGUUCUGUAUUUUGGCAUCGAUUAUCGUUCGGCGUCGAUUGCCGUUCUGUAUUUCGCCAUCGAUUACCUUUCGCCACAAUUUUUCGGCUGACCCUAUUGUUUGCCUUGCCUCAAAAGUAGUAAAGUAUGGUGUAAAAUUUUUUUGUCUUCACAGGAACAUGCAUCAACAACACAUCCGUGAUGAUGUUUAAGAAGGGCAGCUUUGAGAUUGGUGGAGAUAUUUAUCCUGUAGCAAUAAAGGUAAGGUCCUGGAACUGUUCAUUUGUUUUUAGUUCGUGCUGUUGAACCUUCCGUGAGAAGGGGAAAUCAGAUGCAGAAAUGAUUGCGCUUAGAGUGUAUUUCAAUUGAAUGUCGUUAAACCAAAGCCAACUUCAAAAUCUCAGCAAAGUGAAACGAAACAUUGGUUGACUGUGAUUGUGGAAAAUUCCCUUUUAAGGUGGCUGGCAACAGUUUUUAUGUACGCUCUGACUGGCUUGUUUUCCUACUGGUAGAGCUGUUUUUUCUUUUUCGGGCGAAAAGACAGAUCAAUAAAACUGUGUCAACUUUUACACAUCAUAUUGUUGUCUACAAGUUAUUGAGAGUUUAUUGUAUUUUUUGAUAAAUAUUAUUUCUUUAGUACGAUCCUACUUUUGGAAAUGCAUUCUGGAAUUCCAGUUCUGAAGGUUUCGCUAUGUACCUAUUUCUUCUGCUGACAAACUGGGCACUAGUCUGUGAUGUGUGGUAUCUUCCGAAAAUGACUCGUCAGGUACAAAGAAUUGUGUCGAUGAAUUUUAAUACGCUUACUAUUGCUUUUUUUAGUGGCGGGCUCAUAUGCGAACUUUGAUGUGCUCGAUUUCAGACUUCUUACUUCAUGGCGUUUCACAAUUAACAAUUUUCCUUGAACUACAGGAGGACGAGAGCGCUGCACAAUUUGCAAAUCGCGUCAAGACAGAGAUUGCUCGUCAGGGAGGGCUGGUUGACCUUAUCUGGUACGUUUUUGUUCGGACACAGACAACUUUGUUUAUGAAAAUUUUCUCUCCGGCUCUGAAGAGCUACAGAAUUUUCCCGGUUGAAAAUCAACGGUACAUAAUCAGUCAGGUUUUGAAACUUUUAAAUUCCAACCAACGCGUUGGUCAACGACGUGGCCCGACUGUUAGCCGACUGUCAGCCGACUGCCGACUAACACGUCGGCCACCAGUUGCGCUCAGCUGCCGCUAAACUAAACCUAUUAACCCGGCAGUUGUACACUAAGGAAGCUGUAUCUUGUAUCAGACGACAGGUGAAUUGCUUAGCUUUUUGUUGCGUGAAGUUUAAGUUGAACGAAAUGAACUGAACGUUAGAUGAAUUGUGAAAAGCUGGCUCUCUUAGCUUUGCGUCGUAGCUCUUGCCGAUGAAUUUUGCCAAUUCAAGCAGCUUUGACGUAAAGUUUUAUUUCUUCCCUUUGACUUUCAGGGAUGGACAACUGAAACGAACGUCUGUGAAGCCAGAAUUCCGCCAACAGAGACAAGAAGACUACGCCAGCACAUUGAAAAUUGAUUAGAGAUGCCAGAGGUUUACUUAAGAAAGGAAGAAUGUACCAUAGAUAUGCAAGGUGCACGGAACAUCCAAAAAUCCCUCCAUUCUGUUUAUCUUUGUGAAUUGUCUUCCAGAAAACUUGCGCCACUCUCUUAACCAAUCAAAUUCAAAACUAAAACCAAUCGCGACUUGGUCACCCGCGUUUUCCCGCGCUUUGGACAGUUCACUUGUAUUUUUCUUUGACAUGUGAUUGGCUUGUUGUAAUCUUUUCCUUUCAUCUGAUUGGCUGUUGUGAUUACUUUGGUUUUGGUUUGCAACACCCAAUCGAAAUACACACUAUGAAGUUGAUUAAUGAAUAAUUGUUAUUUUUUUAAUGCAGUCAGAUGGUCGUAUCAGAAAGGAUUUAUUUGGGUAGCGUUAGGGAUAGUCACAUAAACAUUUGUUAAUAGUUUUGUUAGGUAGAAUUAUUGCGUAGGAGAGCAUAUAUAUUUAACAUGUUUGAUAUUUUUGCUGGUACUUACUCAACAAUAUUUUGAUACAGUUUGAUACUUCGUAAAGAGAGUAACGAGGGUUUAUGCAAGAAAACGAUCUUAGUUUUCCUGGCGUAAGGGUUGAAGUUUCGCGAUUUUCUCUUAUUAUAAAUAGGGAAAAUCGCUAAAAUAAGUAAAUAGGGUAUUAGUAAAGGGAGAAAAUUAUUAUGAUUUCCGUUGUUUUGUUGAUCCAAAUCUUUCCAAAAAAUUAUUAAGUUAUUGAAUAUGAAACAGUUUAUCAGUGGCUUUGAUUAUAAGUAGGGGACAACUGUGAGAAAGACUCGAUGUAAGAACUGGCACAUGUGAAUGGGAAAAUCGCUAAAAUAAGUGAAAUAUGGUAUUCGUAAAGGGAGAAAAUUAUUAUGAUUGCCAUUGUUUUGUUAAUUCAAGUCUUUCCAAGAAAUAUUAAGUUAUUGAAUAUGGAACAGUUUAUGGUCUUGAUUAUGAGUAGGGAACAACUGUGAGAAAGACUCGCUGUAAUAUGAAGGGCCAAUAUGUAGGAACUUGCACAUGUGAAUUUAAAACUCCUUAGGAGACUUAUGUUUGGUUACUUGGGCCGCCAUGUAAGGUUGUAGUGAGAGAAGUGUUGUGUGGCGAGCCGUAGUGUAAAUGGUAUCCAUAAAUUUGCUAAUUGUGUACCAUUUAGCUACUUUGUGGGGGUGGGUGUUGCUGAUAAAGCCGUGCAUGUAAAUAAAAUCCUACAUUAACGGCACAGACAAAUUAAAAUGAAUUUUAAUCAUCAGGAUUUUAAGUGUUCAGUUGGUAAUAACACACAACUAAUAACCCGGAG